GCGGGCACGGCUCCCGGGACAUGAGCAAAUACGACAGCACACUGUUGACCCCAGCCACUUGCGUGGCGAGCGAUGACGACAUGACGAUGUCGCAGGCGGGGGGGAGGCAUCGGGGGAGAUGGAGCGGCCGGUUUGGGAAGCGCUCCUCCCACAAAGACCUGCUGUUGACAUCGAAAACUCCGCCUCCGGCGACAACAAGCAGCAUCACCUCGGAUCCCGCCGCUGACAUCGACAAGAGGAGGGCGAAGACGUCGAACAUCAUCAAGCGUGCGGUACACAAGAUAAACAAGAAGAGGAGGCGGUCCUUGCCUCCCUCUCAGUCACGGUCUUCUUCUUCGCGUGGUGCUGCUGUUAGCGAGGAACCUCCGAAGAUCGACGAGCUCGGGAUCGAUCCGCGGCUGCUAGAGAAGUGGAAGGCCCGGAAAGAGCUCAAGAAGCAAGGGGCGGUGGCGGGGGGAAGGCCGGUGUCGGCAUCCAGAGGGACGGCGACGCUAGUCAUGGUGGGGCUGUCAUCUGGGUCGCUGGUGUGGACAAAGGAACGGAUACGGACGUGGAGCCAAGCUCACGGGGUUCUGCUGGCGUUGUGCGUUCUGAUUGCCGCGGUGGCUAUCGCUUGCACCCUCAUCUUGAGUCGAUGUUCUUGACAAGGCAGGGGUUCUUUCUGUAGGCUUCGGAUGGGGCCAUGAUUGACAUCUUCACUUUCAAGAGCAAGACCCCUUCUAUGGAUGGGACGAUAUGGUUUCACGAAAGAUACGCGAUGCUUAGGAGGUGUGCUGUGCGGUACAUGCUGUAUUUGUCCUCGCGCAGAACCUGUUGGACUGUCUGUCGUGCGUGCGUGAUUUCUCCAUGUAUGUACCAAUACAACGUUAGGGUGACAUUUCGUUAUUGAUUUUAUGUUAGGAGUGUUUUUGUGAAAAUGAACCAAGUCCCUGCCGAUGCGAUCAAUCUCACGGGCGCUCUAUCUACCUACUUCGUACCUCAGCAUUUGUGUUGUACUUGUAUUCUGCGGGAAGUACCGGGGCGGAUUCGUUAGCGUGAUAACCUAUACGUGGGCCCUUCCACAAGAUGCAGUUAUGUUUUGCUUGUUGUGCCUUGAUUAUAAACCUGUGCUGUCACUGCUGCUAUCUCCAUCCAAGCACUUUUGCAUUCGUAUCAUCUGAAAUUGUGAUCGUUUGAGAACUUUGUUUGCAUAUUUUUUCCUUCGUGAACGCUACCAUAUCAUCGUGGGCUGUCUUCGUUCACUUUUUUGUGUUGAGAUUUCCUGCCCUGUCUCUACCGCUUCCACGUCAUCUGUUUUUUUUUCCCUUCCAAGGAGCGUACUUCCAGAGCCAUGUGUCACUGAUGUUGUGAUGCGGGCGUUUCAUUCUCGCUCGACAUUUUCCCGGAGACCUUACGUGUUGAAGUUCAUUAGGAAUGAGUAGCAGACGUCGUCCCGGUAACGGAGUUUGUGGCUUGCGCUGGAGGCAUGCUUGGGCUGGGUGCAUCUGACCACCGCAAGUUUGGUCAGCCACCCUGGGCGAGGAUAAAGCAAGUUGUAAAUACGGGGUGUAUGAGAGUUCCUGUUUUGUCUGUGAGACGCUGCAACGUGGUCUCAAACGAUCAACCGAUGUGUAUCGAGACCGCUACGCAUGAAUUUUUCCAAAAGGGUCGAAUGAUGACAUUCGUUUGGUUUCAUUAUCGGAACGACUUGACUUCAAUGUAUGAUGAAUGGACGAAGCUCUUGCUUGGCUCGUCGGCGAAGCAUCUUAUCCUUUGUCUUUUGUUGGUCCGGCCUGUGGAAUUUUCCUCAGAAUUUCCUGGAGAACAGGGCAUUGUGUUGGUCGGCAUGUGGUUUCCCCGAAGUUUGGCUUUGCUACGGUUGAAAGCCUCAGCGGGGUAAUAACGGGAGUUAAAGGAAAGGUGAUGGGAAUCUACAUCAGAAACGGCGUAUGAUUGAAAGCUUGCAUCACUAUAGAUUGAAGGAAAUGCCGGUCUGCCUAAGAGAAAGACGGAGAGAAGCCGUUAUACCUAGUUGUGUCGCAGCGUGGCAGCCCUUACGUACAUUGGGUUCACUCGCACAUGACGGAGAGAAGGCUCUCUGAACAUGACGGCGUUUGAGCGUGUCGUGCAUGAAGCAAUCGACAAACACCUGACUGAC